UGCUCCCAACCUUAUGCUGUUACUUUUGUUUAUCUACUCAGUAGUUGCUUACCAUUUUCAUGCUAUAUAUAGCCUAACCGUUUAUGUGUUCUACCACUAUCAUUUUCCUUUCCCAUACAUUCUAGUAUACCAUCCAACUCUCUCAUUACCGUGUCCUUCUUUCCUCCCUCUCUAACCUAUAGAAGAUGAAGCACUCUCUAGUUAUCACAAGAAACGUAGUAGGUGCCAUUGGAAAUGCUAUAUCUUUCUUCCUAUUUGCCUCUCCUACGCCAACGUUUAUACAAAUCUACAAGAAAAAAUCAGUGGAGCAAUUCAAGGCUGACCCAUACUUGGCCACGACGAUGAAUUGCAUGUUGUGGGUGUUUUAUGGACUGCCAUUUGUUCAUCCAAAGAGCCUUCUUGUUGUUUCAACAAAUGGUAUUGGUCUUGCUUUUGGAAUCACAUACCUAAUUGUCUUCUUGCUUUAUGCAGAUAACAACACCCGGUGGAAGGUCCUCCGAUGGAUUGCGGUAGAAGUAGCUUUCAUGGCAAUUGUGGUGAUGAUCACAAUGUUAUGUUUCCAUACAACACAAAGGAGGUCUUUUUUCGUGGGAAUUCUUUGCGUGAUCUUUUGUCUUGGGAUGUAUGUUGCACCCCUUACAAUUAUGGGUACAGUGAUUAAGACCAAAAGUGUGAAAUUCAUGCCCUUUUGGCUUUCAAUUGGCAAUUUAGCUAAUGGGGUUAUAUGGACAAUUUAUGCAUUUCUUCCACUUGACCAAUGGAUCCUUGUCCCCAACGGCAUCGGAGUUAUAUCAGGCGUUGCUCAACUGAUUCUUUAUGCUUGUUAUUACCAACGUACAAUGAAACAAAUGGAGGAUGAAAAGAAGCCAAAUCAACUUGAAAUGUCUCAGGAAAAGAUGUCAGCUUGAAUUUUUUUUUUUUUUUACUUAGAUUAAAACAAUGAAGAAGGAAGUACACCCAUUCUACUUUCGCUAUAUAGCGAGGUUAUGAGCCUGGCUUACCUCUUCCCUUGUGACUUUAAUACAGCAGAGACUAUUAAAAUUUAAAGCUAGUGAUCUUAUUUCCCUAAUUAUGCUUUUGAUGUCCUUGAUGUUUGAUUUUAAGAACUCCUUAAGAUGUAAGCUUGAUAUGAUACCUUAUUUUGAAGUUCAAAAACUUGUGUGAUUAGGGAGAAUUUGGCACAUAAAAUUCGAUUGACAUUAGCUCUCACCAA